AUGUCUCGUCACCAGUUCGACUUGGUAAUGUGCAUGAGGCAACCAGGCACUCAUAUUGGAAAGUUAUGUGAGAAAUGUGAUGGAAAAUGCCCUAUAUGUGAUUCCUAUGUAAGGCCCAAGAGUAAAGUAAGGAUAUGUGAUCAAUGCGCUUUUGGAGCAAAUGCUAAUAAAUGUAUAAUAUGUGGACAACUCGGUGUUAGUGAUGCGUUUUAUUGUUGGGAAUGUUGUCGCCUUGAAAAGAGUAAAGAUGGUUGUCCCAAAAUCUUGAAUGUGGGAAGCAACAGAACGGACAAACACUUUGAAAGGAAAACGCUGGAAUCGUCUCAGCAAAAAAUGACAUGA